AUGAGCUACAUCAGACAAAUUCAGCAAACGCAGCCAAAUAAAAGGCGUAGGCAUGAUGAUUCGAGUGUUUAUACAUCACCGAAUGGAUAUUCACGGCAUAUUACAACCAAGAGCGAGGACAAUCGAUUUGGUGAGUUGAGAAUCGAGGGGAGUGAGAGCCUUCACUUGGACCUGUCUACUCUCCCCACUCCUGCACUUCAUCGAUACAUGACCAACUAUCGUUUAGCAGAGCAUCUACCACCAAAGCCUAAAGACUCUACAGGCGCUGUUGUCCUGCCUUUUGCUCUACGCCCAACUAUCCAUCACCACCCUUCAGAUUCCACCGAGCAACUGCACGACCCAAUCGAUCAAGACGACGCCUUCAAUGACCCUUCCAAUCCCUUGAAAAGACGCCCUUCAAGGAAAUCUUCCCGCUCUGCCUCUAUAGGCGUAUCCGCUCAACAAGACGACGACGAUAUGCUUGAUCCAGAAGAUAUGGAAGAAGAGGCUAUCCUACCUGACAUUGACGAGGCACAUGAACUAUUUAACGACGUUGUCAGCACUCAUUACCGCCAUCAAAAUGUUAGAGAGGUUGAUAGCGUCGUCAACUUCGUGCACGCAUUGAGAUCGAAAGAUAAAGCACUUAGAGUUCUUCCGCGGAGUUGA